UUAACUGGCUUUAUUAGAGUUGCAAAAGACAGUAUUAUUCAGUUACAAGUUUCUGGCAGCCUCCUUCCGUUACACACAGGGGUUCAAAGCAUGUUAGAUAGCUAAUUAGCACAGGAGGUCCUUCUGUCUUCCGUAAACAUGUGCUGUAACAUGGAGAUAUGGGCUGCGUUUCAAACUCAUAAAAGACUUACCCUCGCCUUAUGCUCCUGGGGGAAUCCCCGUGGCCAUCUUUGCCGUUGGUCCAAAUUAUUAGUCAAGCAAGGGAAGUUGGCAACGUAAGCCCCUCAGCCCUCGUUUUUGAUAGAGUUUGCGAGUGUACAACUAUGUUCACUCCGGGCCUGAAACGCCCCAAUAAUUCAAUUCACGAUGAUUGUACACCCACUAAGAAAAGUCUGCCAAAACUUAAAUAAUAUGUCCAUUAAUAUGGAGAAGUCAACAUACAAGUUGUCUUGUUUUGCACACUUUGUACAAAAUAAUAAAAUGCAGUACUACAGGAUAUUUCUAAACGUAGCUCUUUAUUAGCUAGCUAUAACUGGCAUGUUCAAUUUGUAAGUCGCUCUGGAUAAGAGCGUCUGCUAAAUGACUUAAAUGUAAUGUAAAUGUUCACGUAUUGCCAACCAGGAUCAAACUGACCAUGACCUAACCAUUUGUGUGGUCUUAACCAAUCAUAGCACAAUAUGAUAUGGUGGUAAACUGCAUCCAAUUACAAUUCAGUAUGUUUACACAUAUGAAUAUUACACAAGUGUAAGUAAAAAAAUAAUGCAAAUAAGUUUGAAAUUGUCCUACUAAUGCACUUAAGGGCUCAAAUACCUAUCAUAUCAGUAAUUAUGUUUUGUUUGGUUAGCUUUUGAAAACGUUAACUUGCGCACAUAACUUUCCCUGAAAUCACAUACAUUGUCAUUUUCGAUUUACCUUACCUUACGUAUUAGGAUGGCUAACAUUCGAUGUCUACGGAUGCAUUGUCUUCUAGCCAAGAUAUGAAAUGCAAUCAUAAUUGACUUUAGCGCAUAUAAGGCACACACAACAAUUACCAUGAUGACUGAAAACACAACGGUGGGAUGAAUGAGUGACACAUUUCCAGGCAAGAGGGGCCCAUUUAAAAUGAAUUAAUUCUUCCCUCGCCCCUUUCUCUGCAAGUGUCAACUCGUCAGACGUCAUGACACAACAUCAGAAGUGUCCACUUAAUUUGAGGGCUGAGGGGAGAGCGUGUGUAUUUGAAGUGUUUGGAAUGCAGCCAUUGCCGUGUGGGAACACUAAUCCUAACCCUAUAAAGGCCUGUUUUAACCUUGUAUUAUUUUUGCUGAUAUGAAACUUGCAUUCCUUAUGUUUCCAAAACCAUACCGCAAGCGAUACGUGUAGACGUUUAGAGCUAACAUCAAUUCUAUCAUUAAUAGGCGGUAGUUAACGUCUAUGAAUGGGGUAGGGCACCCAUACGGCUGGGGAUACGAGGUGCUCUGUGAGAGAGACGAGUUUGAGUGGGGCAGAAAGUUUCCUAUGCUGAGGCAGUGAAGAGAGUAGAGGAUAGCCCAAGGGUAAGUGAUUUGACUGGGAGCCCCCAGUGAGUAGGCCUGAAGAGAGCAAUCCAGGAUGAGAUUUAGUGAGGUAGUAUUUAUUGCUCUUAUUGCUAUGGUUAUUAAUUGUCUGCACUGAUGGAGCGUAAAUCCCAUAAAAUAGAUGUGGUAGUGGCAGCAGCUGUUGGCCUGGAGUAGGAUCUGGUAGGGCUGAAGCAUUGGUUUAUUGUUGUAUAUGUGUAGAGUUAGAUAGUGGUGCGAUUUAUUUUCCACCCAUCUUUUCUGUGGCAUAAUGUGCAAUUCAUACUCCGACCUGUAAAAGACAGCAAGACAGUGUCAAUUCUGCCUGCCGGAAACUCACAGGAAGAAGUAAGGGACAUUUUAAUAUUUACCUUACUGAGUCUUUGGAAUAAAGUUAUUUAUUAUUUUCUAUUCUAACACACUGUUAUUUGUAAGCAAGUCUGAAAGAUACUGAUCAGAGGAGAUUUUAUGUGUAACGUAAUAAGGAGUACCGUAAUUCAAAGGUCAGCGCGCAUUCCCUUUUCAUUUAAACACACCCUUUAAGCUAUGACGCCAACAAAUAAGAUUCCUUUCUCUUCUGUGUAAACGGAAGUGAACAGGUGACUUAGAACCAUUUCCAAGCUAACGUUUUUAUUGUUAUUAUUUGGACGUUUAUUAACGCAAUGGAACCUUAAAAUAUGAUCCAUUUAACUGCACAGCAUCACAUACUUACCUCAUGUAGUCUUUAAUUCGCGUUGGAGAUAGGACUUGAUAUAUGUUAUCUAGGUAAUGCUAGCUAGCUGCAAAAGUUAGCAAACAAUGGCUAACUGUAUGGUUUUUCACACUCAAAUAGCCUCCAUCAUGGAGGUGCUAGCGAAUGCAGCAGUGGCAGAGAUCUGUAAAAUCGUAGACGACGACUACGCAGUGUUUCGUUUGGAAAUUUCUCAAAGCCAGAAAGAAAACAGGGGAUUGCGGAGGAAGCUACAGCUUUUGGAACUAAAGGUGUCACGGGAGCGCGCAGAGAGGACAAUUCGAGAGCGCGUCCUCGCCAGUCGUCCCAGUAGUGUCAAGAUCCUCGACCGAUACAGAGGAAUGGAAAGAGGUGAAGGACAUCUUACUGGAGGCCACAGGGGCGUUGUGAAGCCAGCGGGACACAACUCGUGGAGAGAUGACCAACCCAUAUCUAUAGAUGAGGGUUGUGGAACCUCAACCCAGCAUGUUAUCGUAAUAGAGUCUGCAGAUGCAGAGACUGCAGGUCCUGGAGAAUCGUCUCUCGUCAAGCAGGAGAGGACUGAAGGAGAUGACCCACGACACAGCAGAGACAUCCAGACUGGUGUAGUGGCUGGAGUGGUGCCCCCUUUAGCCACGGAGGACCCUGCUGCCCCGACCCAGCCUAAGAACCGAUGCAGCAUCAUGGAGGAAGAGGAGGGUCCAGAGGUGCUGCUGCUGAAGGAGGAGGGGUGUGAGGAGGGUCUGAGGAACCCUGAGGGGACCAUGGUCAUGGAGGACAACCAGACUACACCUCCUCCUGAACCCACAGAGGAACCAGCUGAGCAGCACAGGACCACACACAAUCUCACUGAGUCAGUAGACAUGGAGGAUGGGAAGCCUGAUCUGCUGCUGGUCAAAGAAGAGACAAUGAAGGACGGACCAGAGAGCAUUGACCUGCGGAGUGGACGAAAGAUGGGGGAGCAAGGUGGUUGGCUGGAGGCAAACAGAGGAGACUGGGUGGCCAUCUUGGAUUCCCAGACUCUGACCGUUGCAGCAAAGGGCCCAGGGGACAACGUCACUGAACAGGCCAGGACCAGAAGCGACAUAGUGGAGUCUGCAGUCAAUGAGGACUUGUUGAUAUCCAGUGUUGCAGGUGGGAGAGACUGGACCUCUGAGGUGGCUGGUCACAAACCCUGGCCCCGGAUCAGGAUCAUGGAUCAGGAGCCGCCGCUCUUCCUUCCUGAGUCUGAUCCGCGACAGAGAAUCCACCACCACACAGAACACAACCAGUGGACAGGUGGACUGAACAAUCUCAGUCCUGGUGGUCAUCAGAGAGACCGUGGCUCCAGUCAGGGAUCCAGUCUGCAGCCCAGACCCUUCUCUUCACAGUCUCAGUGCAGGGAUGAAGCAGGGCCUGAGGCUGAUAGAGAUGGACCCUCCUGUUCCUAUGAUACAAACACUGCAGUAUCCAUGAUGAACAGAGCAGGUCACCCUGGGCUUCAGCCUUCAGAGAGAGUGGUGGGAGAUUCCCCUGAUGGAAAUCUAACAGGACAUAUGUCUUCUCUUUCAGGGUCUCAUCUAAUGCCUAGUGACUGGGUUCAUAAAAGGCCUGGACCUGGGUCUAGUCUUCCUCAGCUACCUCAUCGUUACCCUACCAACACAACACACAAUCCCAACAACACCCAAACAAUGGCUAGAGGUCAAGGAGAGAGCUCAAACACUAACCACAUGAGGGUGGUGGCUCCUACUUCUACCUCCUCUGGUGUCAUUGGGUCACAAUGUGGGAGGCUGAGUAUUAGGACGGAUGCCGACAAGCCGUACGCCUGCCCCACAUGUGGGAAGCGCUUCGCUCAGGCGAAUUAUGUGAAGAUGCAUCAGACCGUCCACACCAAGGAGAAGCCCUUCAAGUGCAAACUAUGUUACAAGAGCUUCUCCUUCCUGACUAACCUUACCAGACAUAAGAGUGUCCACAAUGGGGAGAAAUCGUAGCAGUGUGGUUUUAGAUGUACACAGAGGAUAUCUGGAAACUAUUCUUUAGCUGACAUAUUAUCGCUAUCUUGUGAAGUGUCUUGGGGUAAGUCCCUCAGUUCAGUGGCGACCCCAGACAUUUUUCAUAGGGGUGGCCAGAUGGGGCCACUGAAAAUAUUGGGGUGGCAGACCAAAACCAAAAGCCUUAACUGAAUUUCAGGAAUUCUAUUAUGCUGUUGUAGUAUAUAGGCAAGUUGAAAACGAUGUCAAAAUGAGAGUUAAAGAAUCGCAUACGGAUAUACUUUGGUUUCUUAUUUUACAGUUAAUGUUACUAUUUAUCUGAUGUGCAUAGACUAAUACCGGUACAAUUAACAUUUUGAGUUCCACAACAAUCCUGUUUUAAUGUGUCAUGUAUCUGUAUAUACAUGUGUUUAGGCGAUUCACUGUUCAUCAAAUAGGCUUGUUGUCCUUUUCCUUAAAAAGACAAAUAUAAAGCUUUAAUUUGAAGGAGUACAUUGAUUGUAAGGAACAAUACAUUUACUGGGAACAAGUCUUCUCGAGUUUAAAAACACCACACAGAGGCCUCCAAUUAUAUUUAAUACAGCUUUAUUUGGCUGUUGCUGUGUCUUUUUGUAAACGAAAAUAUUAUAUAUGUCCCAAAAUGAAAAACAAAAGCAUAAUCACGGACAAUAUACAUUUUACUAUAGCCUACUCACAACCUAUUCAUAUCCCUGCUUUAUUAGGCUACAUUCUUUUCAGUACAGCUUUAUUCGCCUGUUGCUGUGUCUUUUGGCAAACACAUUUACAAAAUCAUCAAGAUUUAUGGCACUAGCCCUUCUUGACUCUACACUUAAUCAAGACUGUCUUGAGAAAUACAAUGAGUGACGAGCGAUUGAGCAAUUUGGGGGUGUUAACUUUAGCACAGCAGAACGGCGCUCACAUGCUGAUUCAAGGCUUGUAUCCCUUGCAUUAUGACCAAUUUUCUUCAGAAAAUCUUGUCUUCACCUCAGAGAGAAGCACAUCAAGAAUUGGAAUGAAUGAACCUGCCCGAAAUGACUCCUUAUCUGUGUUGACCUGUCUUUGAACUAUUGGAGUGGAAAUGUAAUACCCUUGAUGUGCCCGAGUUGAAUUGUGGGGACUGUAAUAUAUCUGACAGAUGUUUUAUCUCACCAAAAACAUUGGUGAAUGUUAAGGAAUAAGGAGGCCAACAAACUUUAGAUAUAUUUGGGCUAAUAGACCUCUUGCCUCUACAGCUCUGUCACCAUUUCUCUCUUCAGAUAUUUCUUUCAGUAGACGUAUGAUGGCUGGCAGUCUGUCCCUCACGGUCUUGCAAGCAUUGUACCUACAUGCCCACCGUGUCUCUAUCAGCUGUUGUAACUCUCUCGGGGCCCCCUGAAACAUCUCCCUUUGUACCUCUAGCCACCUUUGGUGCACAUAUGACCCUGACACAAAGACAUACAGUUUCUGCAAAAUAGAAAAGAAACAAUAGGCUUCAGGGAUGCAUUUUACACUGUCAACUAAUACUACAUUUAAGCAAUGUGCAUUUCAGUGAACAUAAAAAGCUAAUGGGGCCUCUGAUUUAAUGCGUGCUUGCACACCUGUGUCCUUUCCACUCAUGACAGAGGCACCAUCAUAUUCUUGCCCUACUAGGUGGUUUCUGUAGUCAAGGCCAUACUUCUGCAGUAUUUGUACAAUUUUCUGUGAAAGUGCUGUAGCAUCCUGGCGCUCUGCUGCUUCAAAGGUGAGGAAACUUUCACAUAUUGACCCAUUGUAAUAGUAUCGAAUUACAAAGGACAUCGGUUCCUUCUUGCUAAUGUCUUUGGUCUCGUCAACCAUAAUGCUGAAACCCUCACUUUGUGCAAUUUCACUAAUUAUUGAGGUGUGUACCAUUUCAGCCAGGCAAGCAAUUAUUUCGUUUUGUGUACUAUGCCCAGAGUAUGUUGCAUUUCUUUGACUUGUCAUUUUUCUUUUGACUGUGUGAUCAUGCUUGGCUAGCAGUUCCAUAGCAGAGAGGAAAUGUCAUUUUUAUUCUGACCUGCUGUUUCUUUAUGUGCUCUCUGUGCAACGUUUUGCGUAGCUGUGAGGAUCAGGGUUUCUCCCAACAGUUUUAAUGUACUCUCUAUUUCCCCUCACUAAUUUAUUAGAUUCUGCAUUUAAGGAGGGUGAGAGGGAGUGUUUGCUUGUAGUCGGCUUUUCAUAUUCUGCCCAUGCAGAGUAUGUGAUUCUAAUUCUAAUUUUCAUCUUUGUAAGUAGCUUUUUUCACAUUUUUGAACCACUCUUCAGAUGUAAACACUGAAUCACCUGAGGGGGAGACUGAAGGGCCGGCAAGCAUAGCAGUAGGGAGAGUCUUUACUCUGAGAGUAUUCUAGUCAUUUAUGCGUACUGUACCACUCUUUCAUGAAGCCUCGUCUUCUAUCCCCCUGAAGGGUCUGAGGGAAAAACUACAGAUGUGACUGUUUGGGCCCCUCUGCUCUUGACUGGGAUAUAUCUAGGAUGAAACGAGGCAAAAUCAGUUAUUCUGAUUUUAAAAUAACAAUAAUAAUAUGAAUAGCUAGCCCCUCUCCAUAGUAAUUGCCGUUUACAUUUGUAAUAUCGGCCUAUAGACAAUUCUAUUCAAACUCAACUACCAAUAAACAUGAAUCAGAAGGCUUUA